AUGACCAUCCAAGAAACUACCCGGAAGGAGACUGGAAUCUCUGGUGCGGAGACUGCGAAGACAACGUUUAUCGAAGAACAUACGCCCAGCUCAGACAUUCUCGAGCCGCUACUACUUUUGCUUGCUGCUCGUCGUGGAAUCCGUACAGACCCUUUAUUCACGAACCUGACUAUCCCUGAUGACCGGGCUGUCAUGUUUGCUGGGCCAUCGGGGGUAGAAGCUAUCAACCGAUCAUCCUUGGGCACUCGAAUUUUGCGCUUUUGGGGCUAUCGAUCUAAGAAGUGUGUUACACAGCCAGUUUACCAUAAUCAUUUGAUACAGUGCAUUUGA